AUGAAGUCGACAUUCGCCGUCGCCAUGGCCGCUGUAGGCGCUUUUGCCAACACACACGCCGAGUUGCACCACGUUCGCGCUCCGAUGCCCGCUGAACCGGAAAUGCCCCGUAGUGGAUCGUUUACGCUACAAGGCUGUUUUUCGAGUGUGGGCAAUAUGACCAAGGAGAAAGUUGACACUACAUUUCUCUCCAGCGGCAAGUGUGGCAAUGCUUGCAAAGCCAAGAAUCAGCCAGUUGCCGCCAUCGCCCCUCAGGAUUGCUACUGCGGCUUUGUAUACCCACCCAAGGACUCAUCAAUUGGCUCUGGAGACUGCAAUUACCCGUGCAAUGGUUUCCCCUCCGAAAUGUGCGGCGGUCUCAAGAACGCCUAUUCGGUCUACAACUUGGGCAUUAAUCUAGCUCCUGACAACUACGUUGAUCCUUCCUCCUCGUCCUCUUCCUCAUCAGCCACUGCGAGCAGCACUGCUGCGGCGUCUUCUUCGUCCCACAGUGCAACACAGUCACCAAAUGCCGAGACCGGAAAGCCCGAGAAAUCUAGCGGUGGUGGUCCCAAUACCGCGGCCAUCGCUGCUGGUGUCGUCGUCGGCGUAGUGGUCGCUGCGGGCAUCGUCGGGGCCAUUCUCUUCUUCAUUCGCCGAAAGCGCAAUGCCGAAAUCGAGGAGGACCAUCGCCGCAACGCUAAUCUCAAUGCCUUCAUCAGCGGAUCUAAGCCUCCCAGCACCUCGGGUGGUAUUUCCAUCACCGACUCGCGCCUUGACCCCGUCAUGGCUCACCGUCGCCUGAGUGAUGGCAGCAUAGCCGACAACCAGGAUUACUCUCGCAAGAUCCUCAGGGUCACCAACGCAUAA